AUGCCUCCUAAUAUAAACUGGAAAGAUAUCAUGAAAAUUGACCCAGAUGACCUCCCACGGCAAGAAGAACUGGCAGACAAUUUGUUGGUUUCCUUAUCAAAGGUGCAAAUAAAUGAAAUAAAAAAUGAAAACCAAGAAAGCUUGAUACACCUUUUCAGAGUUACUCAGUCCUUAAUGAAGAUGAAAGCCCAAGAAGUAGAGUUAGCAUUGGAAGAAGUUGAAAAAGCUGGUGAAGAGCAAGCAAAAUUUGAAAAUCAAUUAAAAAGUAAAAUGAUGAAACUGGAAAAUGAACUGGAGAUGGCACAGCAGUCUGCAGGUGGGCGUGAUACUCGAUUUUUAAGGGAUGAAAUCCGUCAACUUGAAAAGCAAUUGGAACAAAAAGAUAGAGAAUUGGAGGAUAUGGAAAAGGAGUUGGAAAAAGAGAAGAAAGUUAAUGAACAAUUGGCUCUUCGAAAUGAAGAAGCAGAAAAUGAAAACAGCAAGUUAAGAAGAGAGAACAAACGUCUGAAGAAAAAGAAUGAGCAACUACGUCAAGAUAUUAUUGACUAUCAGAAACAAAUAGAUUCACAUAAAGAAACGCUUUUAUCGAGAAGAGGAGAAGACAGUGACUACCGAUCACAGUUGUCUAAAAAAAAUUAUGAACUGGUACAAUAUCUGGAUGAAAUACAGACUUUAACAGAAGCUAAUGAGAAAAUUGAAAUUCAAAAUCAAGAAAUGAGAAAAAAUUUAGAAGAGUCUGUACAGGAAAUGGAGAAGAUGACUGAUGAAUAUAAUAGAAUGAAAGCUAUUGUCCAUCAGACAGAUAGUGUGGUGGAUCAGUUGAAAAAAGAAAAUGAGCAUUAUCGGCUUCAAGUACAGGAGCUCACUCAACAUUUGAAAUUAAAAAAUGAAGAAGAUGAUCCAGUCAUGGCCGCUGUGAAUGCAAAAGUGGAAGAAUGGAAGUUAAUUUUGUCUUCUAAAGAUGAUGAAAUUAUUGAAUAUCAGCAAAUGUUACAUAAUCUGAGGGAGAAACUUAAAAAUGCGCAGCUUGAUGCUGAUAAAAGUAAUGUUAUGGCUCUGCAACAGGGAGUACAAGAACGAGAUAGUCAAAUUAAGAUGCUCACCGAGCAAGUAGAACAAUAUACAAAAGAAAUGGAAAAAAAUACUUUUAUUAUUGAAGAUUUGAAAACUGAACUCCACAGAAACAAAGGUGCUUCAAGCCUUUCACAACAGACUCAUUAUAUGAAAAUUCAGUCAAAACUACAAAGUUUAGAAGAGAAAACCAAAGAGGCUGAGAGAAUAGCUGAGCUGGCUGAGUCUGAUGCAAGGGAAAAGGAUAAAGAACUUGUUGAGGCUCUGAAGCGAUUAAAAGAUUAUGAAUCGGGAGUAUAUGGCUUAGAAGAUGCUGUUGUUGAAAUAAAGAAUUGUAAAAAUCAAAUUAAAAUAAGAGAUCGAGAAAUUGAAGAAUUGACAAAGGAAAUCAAUACUCUGGAGUUGAAGAUCAAUGAUUUCCUUGAUGAAAAUGAGGCACUUAGAGAGCAGGCAGGCUUCGAGCCGAAGUCAAUGAUUGAUUUAACGGAAUUUAGGAAUAGUAAAAGAGUAAAACAGCAGCAAUACAGAGCUGAAAACCAGAUUCUUCUGAAAGAGAUUGAAAGUCUAGAGGAAGAACGACUUGAUCUGAAAAAGAAAAUUCGCCAGAUGGCUCAGGAAAGAGGAAAAAGAGCUGCGUCUUCAGGAUUAACAGUGGAGGCCCUGAAUCAAACGGAAAAUUUUUAUCAAGAGAACGUGGAAGAAAGAAAAUUGGAUUUUAUGAGCCUCAAAAAUAUCAGUGAAACUCAAUCUAAGAAUGAAAUUCUUUCAAGAGAACUAAUUGAAAAGGAAAGAGAUUUGGAAAAAAGUAAAACUGUUAUCACCAAAUUUCAGAAUAAAAUAAGAGAAUUAGCUGAAGAAAACAAACAACUUGAAGAAGGUAUGAAAGAAAUUUUACAGGCUAUCAAAGAAAUGCAGAAAGAUCUUGAUGUUAAAGGAGGAGAAACAUCUUUAAUUAUCCCUAGUCUUGAACGGCUGGUUAAUGCUAUAGAAUCAAAGAAUACAGAAGGAAUCUUUGAUGCAAAUCUUCAUUUGAAAGCCCAAGUUGAUCAACUUACUGGAAGAAAUGAAGAAUUAAGACAAGAACUCAGGGAAGCAAGGAAGGAGGCUAUAAACUAUUCACAGCAGCUGGCUAAAGCAAAUUUAAAGAUAGAUCAUCUUGAUAAAGAGACUAAUCUUUUACGACAGUCAGAAGGAUCAAAUGUUGUUUUCAAAGGGAUGGACUUACCUGAAGGGAUAGCACCAUCUAGUGCGAAUAUCAUUAAUUCUCAGAAUGAAUAUUUAAUACAUCUCUUACAGGAAAUAGAAAAUAAAGAAAAGAAGUUAAAGAAUUUAGAAGAUGUUCUUGAAGAGUAUAACAGAAAAUUUGCAGUAAUUCGUCACCAGCAAAGCAUAUUAUAUAAAGAAUAUUUAAGUGAAAAGGAGACCUGGAGAACAGAGUCUGUAAUGAUAAAAGAGGAAAAGAGAAAACUAGAAGAUCAAAUCCAACAAGAUGCUAUAAAAGUGAAAGAAUAUAAUAAUUUGCUUAGUGUUCUUCAGAUGGAUUCAGAUGAAAUAAAAAAAUUACUUUCAGAAAAUAGUAGAAAAAUCACUGUCUUGCAAGUGAAUGAAAAGUCACUCAUAAGACAAUAUACAACGUUAGUAGAAAUGGAGCGACAACUUAGAAAGGAAAAUGGGAAACAAAAGAGUGAAUUGUUAUCAAUGGAGGCAGAAGUUUGUGAAAAAAUUGGAUGCUUGCAAAGAUUUAAGGAAAUGGCCAUGUUCAAGAUUGCAGCUCUCCAGAAAGUUUUAGAUAAUAGUGUGUCUCUAUCUGAACUUGAUUUGGCCAAUAAGCAAUACAAUGAACUGACAGCUAAGUACAGGGACAUUUUACAAAAAGAUAAUAUGCUUGUUCAGAGAACAACAAACUUGGAACACAUAGAGUGUGAAAAUGCAUCCCUAAAAGAACAAAUGGGUUAUAUAAGUAAAGAACUUGAGAUCACCAAGGAAAAACUGUACACUAUUGAACAAGCCUGGGAACAAGACACUAAAUUAGGUAAUGAAUCUAACAUGGACAAGACCAAGAAAUCAAUAACCAACAGUGAAAUUCUUUCAAUUUCAAAAAAAAUUACUAUGCUGGAAAUGAAGGAAUUGAAUGAAAGACAGCGAGCUGAACAUUCUCAGAAAAUGUAUGAACACUUAAGGACUUCAUUAAAACAAAUAGAAGAACGUAAUUUUGAAUUGGAAACCAAAUUUGCUGAGCUUACUAAAAUCAAUAUGGAUGCACAGAAGGUGGAACAGAUGCUAAGAGAUGAAUUAGCUGAUAGUGUGAGCAAAGCAGUAAGUGAUGCUGAUAGGCAGCGUAUUCUAGAAUUAGAGAAGAAUGAAAUGGAACUAAAAGUUGAAGCACAAUCUGAUGAAAAGGCACUAAUUGCCAAGUUACAUCAACAUAUUGUCUCUCUUCAAAUUAGUGAGGCUGCUUCGCUUGGUAAAUUGGAAUCAAUUACAUCUAAACUGCAGAAGAUGGAGGCUUUUAAUUUACGCUUAGAGCAAAAACUUGAUGAGAAAGAACAGGCUCUCUAUUAUGCUCGCUUGGAGGGCAGAAACCGAGCAAAACAUCUGCGCCAAACAAUUCAGUCUCUAAGAAGACAAUUUAGUGGCGCUUUACCUUUGGCACAACAGGAAAAGUUCUCUAAAACAAUGAUUCAGCUGCAAAAUGAUAAACUUAAGAUAAUGCAAGAAAUGAAAAAUUGUCAAAAUGAACGCAGAAAUAUGGAGAACAAAUCACUGGAGAUGGAAUUAAAGUUAAAGGGCCUAGAAGAGCUAAUAAGUACUUUAAAGGAUUCUAGGGGAGCUCAGAAGGUGAUCAGUUGGCAUAUGAAAAUAGAAGAACUUCGUCUUCAAGAGCUUAAGCUAAAUCGUGAAUUGGUCAAGGAUAAAGAAGAAAUAAAAUAUUUGAGCAACAUAAUUUCUGAAUAUGAACAUACAAUCAGUAGUCUAGAAGAAGAAAUUGUACAGCAAAAUAAGUUUCAUGAAGAAAGACAAAUGGCCUGGGAUCAAAGAGAAGUGGAGCUAGAACGUCAACUGGACAUCUUUGACCGUCAGCAAAAUGAAAUACUCAGUGCAGCACAAAAGUUUGAAGAGGCUGCAGGAUCAGUGCCAGACCCUAGUUUGCCCCUUCCAAAUCAACUUGAGAUCGCUCUGAGAAAAAUCAAGGAGAAUGUUCGAAUAAUUCUAGAAACACAAGCAGCUUGCAAAUCAUUGGAAGAGAAACUGAAAGAAAAAGAGUCUGCUUUAUGGUUAGCAGAGCAAAAUAUUCUUUCAAGAGACAAAGUAAUCAAUGAACUGAGGCUUCGAUUACCUGCCACAGCAGAACGAGAAAAGCUAAUUGCUGAAUUAGGCAGAAAAGAGAUGGAACCACAGUCCCAUCACGCACUGAAAAUUGCUCAUCAGACCAUUGCGAACAUGCAAGCAAGGUUAAAUCAAAAGGAGGAAGUGUUAAAGAAAUACCAGCAUCUCUUAGAAAAAGCCCGAGAGGAACAAAGAGAAAUUGUUAAGAAACAUGAGGAUGACCUUCAUAGUCUUUAUCAUAAAUUGGAACUACAGGCUGAUAGUUCACUGAAUAAAUUCAAACAAACAGCUUGGGAUUUAAUGAAACAGCCUCCUACUCCAGUUCCUACCAACAAACAUUUUAUUCGUCUGGCUGAGAUGGAACAGAUAGUAGCAGAACAGGAUGACUCACUCUCUGCACUUCUGAUCAAACUGAAGAAAGUAUCACAAGAUCUAGAAAGACAAAAAGAAAUCACUGCAUUGAAAAUAAAAGAAUUUGAAAAUACAAAAUUAAAACUUCAAGAAAACCAUGCAGAUGAAAUAAAAAAAAUGAAAGGAGAAGUAGAGGAUUUGAGAUGUCUUCUGACCCAGUCACAAAAGGAAUCACAGAAUUUAAGAUCUGAACUUCAAGCUCAAAAAGAGGCAAAUUUGAGAGCUCCUACAACUACAAUGAGAAAUCUAGUAGAAAGACUGAAGAGUCAACUAGCAUUGAAAGAAAAGCAACAGAAAGCUCUUAGUCAAGCACUUCUGCAACUUCGGGCAGAGAUGACAGCAGCGGCUGAAGAACGUAUUAUUUCUGCAACUUCUCAAAAGGAGGCAAAUCUCAAUGUUCAACAGAUUGUUGAUCAGCGUACCAGAGAGCUAAAGUCCCAAAUCGAAGAUUUACGUGAAAAUCUUUUAAAAUUGAAAGAAACUCUUAAAACAAGUAAGAAUAGAGAAAAUACACUAGCUGAUAAUUUGAAUGAUUUAAACAUUGAACUGCAAAAAAACCAAAAAGCCUAUAAUAAAAUUCUUAGAGAAAAAGAUGGAAUUGAGAAAGAAAAUGAUGAACUGAAAAGACAAAUUAAAAGAUUAACCAGUGGAUUGCAGGGCAGACUUAUGGUAGAUAAUAAACAGAGUUUAAUCGAAGAACUCCAAAAGAAAAUUAAAAAGCUGGAAAGUGAACUUGAAAAAAGGACAGAUGAAGCAGAGUUAAAACCUGUGAAAGAAAAGAGUGCUAGAGAAGAGUUAAUUAGGUGGGAAGAAGGGAAAAAGUGGCAAACCAAAGUGGAAGGAAUUAGGAACAAAUUAAAAGAGAAAGAGGGGGAAGUCUAUACUCUAACAAAGCAAUUGAAUACUUUAAAGGACCUUUUUGCCAAAGCUGAUAAAGAGAAACUUACUUUGCAGAAGAAACUGAAAACAACAGGCAUGACUGUUGAUCAGGUUAUAAGAUUACGAGCUUUAGAAUCAGAAAAAGAGUUAGAAGAAUUGAAAAAAAGAAAUAUUGACCUGGAAAGUGAUAUAACUUAUAUGAGGACUCACCAAGCUCUUCCUAGAGAUUCAGUAUUAGAAGAUUUACGCUUACAAAAUAAAUACCUCCAAGACAAACUUCAUGUUUUAGAAAAAGAAUUGUCAAAGGAUGCAUAUUCCAAGUCCUCAACUUCAGGAACUGGGUCUGAAGAUCGUUUUCAGAAAGAACAAGAGCUUCAAAGGGAAAACUUGAAGUUGUCAUCUGAAAAUAUUGAACUAAAGUUUCAGCUUGAACAAGCAAAUAAAGAUUUGCCAAGAUUAAAGAAUCAAGUAAGAGAUUUGAAGGAAAUGUGUGAAUUUCUUAAGAAAGAAAAAACAGAAGUUGAACGGAAACUUGGUCAGGUUAGAGGGUCUGGCAGAAGUGGAAAGACAAUCCCAGAAUUAGAAAAAACCAUUGGUUUAAUGAAAAAAGUGGUCGAAAAAGUCCAAAGAGAAAAUGAGCAGUUGAAGAAAGCAUCAGGAAUACUGACCAGUGAGAAAAUGGCUAAUAUUGAGCAGCAAAAUGAAAAGUUGAAGGCUGAACAGGAAAAACUUAAAGCUCAUCUUGGACGUCAGCUGAGCAUACAGUAUGAAUCCAGGGCCAAAGGCACAGAGAAAAUUGUUGCUGAAAAUGAAAGGCUCCGAAAAGAACUUAAAAAAGAAACUGAAGCUGCUGAGAAAUUACGGAUAGCCAAGAAUAAUUUAGAGAUAUUAAAUGAAAAGAUAACAGUUCAACUAGAAGAGACUGGUAAAAGGUUACAGUUUGCGGAAAGUCGAGGCCCACAGCUUGAAGGUGCUGAUGGAAAAAGCUGGAAAUCAAUUGUUGUUACAAGAAUGUAUGAAACCAAGUUGAAGGAAUUGGAAACUGAUAUUGACAAAAAAAAUCAAAGCAUUAUUGAUCUUAAACAGCUUGUAAGAGAAGCAGCAGAGAGGGAGCUAAAAGUUGAGAACUAUACUAAAGAUCUUGAGCAACAGAUUGAGAUCCUGAAGCAUGUUCCUGACGGUGAUAAGACAGAACAAGGCCUUAACCAGGAGCUCCAGGUUCUGAGAUUAGCUAACAGUCAGCUGGAAAAAGAAAAUGCAGAAUUAAUGCAUAAGAUACAAACUAACAAAGACCAAAGUGGCGAUGAAAGCACCAAACCAGAUACUGAUCAACUAAAGGAAAGGGUCAGAGACCUAGAGACACAGCUUAGAAGUUCUGAUCUAGAAAAGCAGCAUUUGAAGGAGCAAACUAAAAGGCUGAAAAAAGAACUUGAAAAUUUUGAUCCUUCGUUUUUUGAAGAAAUUGAAGAUCUAAAGUAUAAUUAUAAGGAAGAAGUAAAGAAAAAUAUUCUUUUAGAAGAAAAGUUAAAAAAACUUUCAGAACAGUUUGGAGUUGAAAUAAACAGUCUUACUGAUGCAUCUGAACAGUUGGAAGAUGAAGAAAGUCCUAUUCAUUUUCCUAUUUAUUGA